GAAUGAACCAUAAUCGGACACUUACGUGAAAGACUGGGAAGAAUGUCAACUAAUUCCCUUUUUUGCAGCAUGCAGCCAACGAGUUUUCACGGUUGGAUUAGGAGAGAAAUCUUCGAAUAAACCAGUAAAGGAAACCCACUUGCGCCUGCCUGUGCUUAAAGGGAAUUAUAGUGAAAACUCGGACUGUUCAUCAGCGCGAGGGACCAUUACGUAACGAUGGGGCAAGCUUAAAGAAUGCGCGACAUCCUUCUACAGACCUGCUGAGCAGCGGCGCCGUGAAAGACUGACAGAUAAGCAGAGAAUGAACUGUAUAAAGUCACAUAGUUUAAAGAGCAAUGUUUGAAGAUACUUUCGUUUGAAGAUACUUUCGUUAAACUUGGUCAAUAAUAAGUCAAGUUCUUUGUCAAUCAUUGCUAAAGCCUUUACUAUAACAGACAACUAUUCUGGUGUAUAGUAACUGUGAUCUGAUGGCAUCUUAAAGGGUAACAUGUUUCUUGUUUAAUUUCUGUAUUUAAGGUCAGUCUGAGAAACAGUAAGUUAAGACCAUUUGCCAUGUCAGAUAACCAUUUUCAAAGUGUUUGAAGCGUAUAUAUUAAGUGCAUUUGUGAGGUAAUAACAUUUUAAUCACGCUAUUUAUGUUCAUGCAUCUUCUACAUAUGUGUAAGGUCAUAACAGUUCCUAUUUGAGUUGAUUAAGCAGGGUUGUAAAAUGUCAGAAUCAAGUGCACCUACAAUUCAGGUUAGGGGCAGUGUUACCUCACAGGAUCAAACAAAAGAUGAACAAGCAUCUGGUGAGGAAGGGCAGCAAGAAGAAACGCAGCCUGAGGAAGUGCAGCAAGCAGAAAUGCAGCAGCCAAGAAGGAGUCAAAGGACCAGAACUUUGACAGAAAAGGGCAGAGAAAUGCAAGAUGAGAAAAUUAAAGCACUUCAGCAGAGGUUUAAUUACAUAUAUGAUAAGUGGAGAAAACAAGUUAAAUCUGCAAAGAAGACCCUAUUGCAAGCAGACAUCAUGUCUGCAGAUCUACUUAAUGAUAUCAUUGGUGAUGUCACAGGGCUUUCGGCAGAUGUCCAGUGUGUUUAUGAUGAGCUUCGGAAAAUCAUCACUCCAGACCAAGUCACACGUCGAAGAGUGGAUCAGUGUGUAGAAAUUUCUACUUUUGUUGUGUCCAGAGCUUCAAGUAGACUGCAUGGGGUGAUUCCAGAGAAGGAAGAGCAAGGCUGGCCAGAAGCAGGCUCUGUUUUUGACUCAAGCAGCUACAAUUCUGGUUCUGUCACUUCCAUUUUGAUAGGCACUUCAGAACAUUCUAGCAGGUCUUCAGUGAAAAGACAAGAUGCUGCUGCAGAGAUUGCUGCAAGUCAGGCUGUUCUGAAGGUGUUGCAAGAUCAAGAAAGAGAACAGGUAGAAAUUGAGUGCCUUGAAGCUGAAUUUAAGAGGAAGAUAGCUGAACAGGAAGCAGCAGCAGUAAAACGUCGGCUACAGAGAGAGGAAGAAGAAGCAAAAUUUAAGGCUCAACUGGAGGAAGAGCAUGCAAUGCUUCAAAGGACACUGGAGGAAAAGCGAAGGAGAAUACAGCAUCUGGAGGCAGUGAAGAAUCUCACCGCAGCGCAAGCAAGAAUGCAGGUGUAUGACCAAGAACAUGACACACGACCGGGCAUUGUAGUCGAUAAUAAGGGUUGUGCUUCCACAGGCCCUCGGCCCCAGUGUAUGUCUCCAGUACCUCAAGUUGUGGCCACUUCUCCAAAUGACAGUACUGCAGAACUCAUUAAAGUGUUGACAGGAGCUUUGAGUGCCAACAGAAUUCCAGUUCCUGAACCUACAAUAUUUAGUGGGGAUCCACUGAAAUACAGUGACUGGAAACUCUCCUUUGAGACACUGAUUGACCAGAAGAACAUUCGAGACAAGGAGAAAAUCUAUUACCUUCGCAGAUAUGUAAGUGGACAAGCUAAGAAGGCAAUCGACGGAUAUUUCCUACUCGGAACGGAAACAGCCUAUGUUGCUGCAUUUGAGAUUUUAGAAGAAAGAUAUGGAAACCCAUUUACAAUCGCGAAGGCAUACAGAGACAAACUCCAAGCAUGGACCAAGAUAGGAUCCAAAGACAGCUUUGAACUCAGAGAGUUUGUUGACUUUCUCAGAAGUUGUGAGGCUGCUAUGGUCCACAUCAAAGCACUGGAAAUCUUGAAUGAUUGUAAUGAAAACAGGAAGAUUCUAGCAAAAUUACCCGACUGGUUAACAGCACGAUGGAACAGGCACGUUGUUGAGAUAGAAGAAGAGGUUGACCAGUUUCCUUCGUUCAGUCAAUUUGUGAAGUUCUUGACAAGAGAAGUGAAAAUUGCUUGUAAUCCUCUUACAUCACUGCAGUCACUGAAACAAAGUGAGACGGAAAAACCAAAACCCUCAAGACAUUCGAACUUUGCAACAAGGACACUAAUCACAAGUUCCAAGGAAAAGAAUACAGCUGCAUGUAUUUUCUGUAAAAGGACAGAGCAUAGCUUGCAUACAUGCAAACGGUUCAUGGAAAAACCCGUUGCUGACCGAGUCAGAUUCAUUCAAGUGGGAAGGUUGUGCUUUGGUUGUCUCAAGCAUGGUCACCACUCAAAGAGCUGCAACAGUAGGAGUGUUUGCGACUUGUGCCAGAAGCGGCACCCUACUUGUUUGCAUGAAGAACGGAAUAAAGAGAAACAAAAUUCUCCACAAGCUCGGCAGACUCAAGGUCAAGAAAUGUCAAGUAUGACUCAGGAAGGAGCACAAUCAGCACAACAUCAAGAAAUCACCACACCAGCUACUUCAAAUACAGUAAUUCUCCAUGGAGAGAACGCACAAACAGCUGCAAUAAUCCCAGUUUGGAUUUCAUGCACAACACAACCAGCACAAGAAAUCCUGGUAUAUGCUCUCUUGGACUCUCAAAGUGACACGACAUUUGUUUUGAAUGAAGUAACAGAAGCUUUAGAUGUGAAUAAAGAGCAAGUCAAGCUUAAGCUUUCUACCAUGACUUCAAGAACAACAGUGGUAUGCUCGCAAAGAGUGACUAAUCUACAAGUCCGUGGAUUUUACUCCAGCCAGAGGAUCUCUUUGCCACCAGUCUACACACGUGAUUUUAUUCCAGCCAACAGAACUCACAUACCAACUAAUGAAACUGCAAAGGCAUGGCACCAUCUAGAGUACCUUCAGGAUGAAAUUGCACCUCUACAGGACUGUGAAGUAGGUUUGCUCAUUGGGUACAAUUGCUCACAAGCUCUACUUCCCAGAGAAGUUGUAUCCGGCAAAGAGAAUCAGCCUUAUGCACAACGGACAGAGCAUGGAGCAUGGAUGGAGCAUUGUCGGUAAUGGGAACCCUUGCCUUGACUAUGGUGACGCCAUUGGAAGCAGCCAUCGCAUAAUCAUGAUGCAAGUGACACCAGAUGCAGCAUCUUCUGUCAGCCUCAGAACACAAGUACAUUAUGUGACCCAGACAAAGGUGCAGGAAAUAACUCCUUCAGAUGUUCUAAGAGUCUUAGAAUCUGAUUUCUCAGAAAGAUCUGGAGAAGCGGAUGCUGUGUCUCAAGAUGAUCUCAAAUUCUUGUCGAUGUUGAGAGAAAACAUUGUUAAAGAUGACACAGGUCACUUCGAAAUGCCAUUGCCAUUUAAGGAGGAAAGACCCCACUUGCCCAACAACAAGAUAUGUGCCAUACAUCGCUUGAAGUGUCUUGAAAGGAGACUAAAGAAAGACCAAAGCUACUGCAAAGACUACGUAAGCUUUAUGAAUGACAUAAUUUCACGUGGAGAUGCAGAGAAGGUCCCAGAAGAGGAAGUUGACAACAAUACGGCUUGGUACCUACCACAUCACGGGGUUUAUCAUCCACAGAAACCAGGGAAAAUCCGUGUAGUAUUUGACUGCUCUGCCAAAUUCAAAGAGACAUCACUCAAUGAUCAUCUCCUUACUGGACCAGAGUUGACAAAUAGAUUAGU